AUGUCGCUUUUUGGCCAACCGCCUUCUGGACAAGGGACCUCGGGUUCCAGCAAUCCCUUUGGUGCUGCCAAUUUGAACCCAACCACUGAUGCGCAGGGAAAACGAAAGUCUAUCUUUGACCCUUCCACCUCGCAAUCGUCUCAACCUUUCUCCUUCCCCAGCCUCAAUACCACUGCUGCUGCCUCAAGUGCUGCUCCAUCUGGUGGCCUCUUCAGUCUAGGUGGUGGUCCUGCGAAAACUUCCGCCCCUUUCUCCUUCGGAACCACGACAACCACCUCAGGUCCGUCGACUAGUCUCUUUGGAACAAUGUCGUCCGCUGCUCAACAACCCGCAGCAACAACUACUCUCUUCGGCGCCCCGACCACGCAACAACAUGCGAGCACUCCUUCACUUUUGAGUGGUACUGCCGCAGCAAGCACAACCGCUCUGCAGGCGACUCAACCGGCAGCAGCCCCUCCGCCAAACAAUCGAGAUGCCGCAUAUUUCAGCAGUCUGCUCGAACGUCAAAAGAAGAAGCCGAGGUUAUGGGCCGAGGGUACUGGACGUCAGACUCAGCUGCCCAGCCUUAGUAUGGACCUGGGAGAUCUGGCGAGACGCGCACAAGAGAUCAGACAACGUGGGGCAAAACAGACAGAGCCUCUGCUGGACAGUCGUGCCCAUUAUCUGUUGGCUGGUUCCGGUGUAGCUCCGGGUCAAGCUUACAAGGAUUUUCAAGCAUUGGGUCCUGAUGAGUCUACCCCAAUGUCGCGAAUUGCGGCACAAACCUUCGCCGAUGAGUCCAGUGCCUACCUCAGAGACUUGAGAGUCAAGGGCCGAGAGGCAGUGCUGAAGGAGAGCAUGGAACGUGUCUACCGAGAAGUCGACAGCCUUAUUGAAGAAAGUUUGGGUAUUGACCUGGAACAACAGAAGGUUAGGAUCAUGGAACACUUGGGUUUGGUGUCCCCGGAGGACGGCACGGGGGCAGAGGCUGGGAGAUCGACCCCCGGCGGCUUCGGCAAACCUCCCGGACGAGGUAAGGAAGGGAUUGCUGAGAUAUCACGGCCCGCCAGAAGUGUGUUUGGUCGCUCAGCUAUGGAAAAAUCAAUCAUUGGCACCCCAGGUUCUGGUGCUGGCACGACGUCCUUCUUCAAGAGUGAAGGUGCUGCUCCAGUGCCGUCAGGGCUGCCGCGUUCGAGCUCACAAGUUCAGCGUGAGCUCAGAGCCAAGGAGAAGUCAUUCAUUGGCAAAGUGGAGGACCUCAACCAAGCUAGGCUACGAGAGGAACCCUAUGCGCUUCUCCAGAACUUUGCCAGUACAGAGGAGCAAAACAAGGCCGACAGCCCGCGGCAAAUAGUGGACGCGUAUCAAGCCUUGCGAGAAAUUACCCAAGAAGGCCAGUCAACAAUCAAGGAACGACAAUAUGCCCAGGCGUAUUUGGACGAAACGGUUUCUGCACCGGCCACCCUGAAACUGAAGAAGCAGAUGGUCGAGGGCUCUCGGGUCUACUUGGAAAAGGCAUUCUGGCGAGAACUCCGAUCUUUGAUUGAGAAAAACGCCAGAGAAGCAGCGUUGGGAGGACAGCCAAGUGUCAUCAAUAUUGUGCGGGCCUACAUCCGCCUGCGGGCCACCCGACGAGACCUAGCACCGGAUGGGUCAGAGCUUCAACAACUGGGCGGCGAGAACGGUGAUUACUGCUGGGUCCUCAUUUUUUACCUGCUGAGAUGCGGUUUUGUCAAGGAAGCGGCAGAAUAUGUGACCAACGAUCCUGCUUUCCAGUCUGUCGAGCGGCGGUUUGUCUCAUACUUGACAGCAUAUGCGAAUAAUCCAGACCGACGGUUGGGCCGCAAACUGCAAGACAUGAUCGACAACGAAUAUCAAAAUCGGACCAAGGUUGGCCCAAAGAACACGGUGGAUCCCUACAGGAUCGCGUGCUACAAAGUGAUCGGAAGAUGCGAUUUGAGUUCCAGACAUCUGGACACCGUAGGACAGGGGGUUGAGGACUGGCUAUGGCUCCAAUUCAGCCUUGCGCGAGAGCCAGAGAUGUACGAGGAGAUAUCUGGGGAGAUCUUUGGGCUCGAACAGAUCUGUGAGACGAUCUCGGAAAUUGGGCAGAAACACUUCCAAAAGAAUCAAGUCGAAGGUUCGAAUGCCUAUGGAACCUUUUUCUUGAUGCAAGUUCUCGCGGGGAUGUUUGAACAUGCCGUGGACUAUCUGCACAAUUUCAAUCCUCUGAGUGCAGUGCAUUUCGCCAUUGCCCUGUCAUAUUACGGGUUGUUGAGAGUGUCGGACUUUUCGGUGGCAGGCAACGAGCUCUUGACAUUUUCGACGACGCAGCAGCCUAUGAUCAACUUUGUGCCGCUCGUAGCCUAUCAUACAGGAACUUUCAGGACGGCACUGCCUGUCCCAGCUGUGGAUUACCUUUCGAUGCUAUGCCUCAACUCCGACCUGCAACCUGCAAGCCUCGGUCUGGUCCACAUCAAUGCUUGUCACGAGUGCUUACGAGAACUAUGCCUCGAAACCCGCGAGUUUGCCAAAUUGUUGGGCGACAUUCGUAGCGACGGGACUCGGAUACCUGGAGCCAUCGAGUUGCGAGCCAGGUUGAUCCACCUCGAUACACGGGAAGAAUUUCUGAGAUCCAUCACCCGCCAAUCAGCAGCGAUUGCGGAUCAGCGGGGGCAAAUUGCGGAUGCAGUAUUGCUCUAUCAUCUGUGUGAGGACUACGACAACGUCAUUAGCGUGCUGAACCGAGCACUGGCUGAUGCAGUGACGCUGGACCUGGGGGAGGCACCGAUGCAGCUGCAACCUUUGAAGCCUCGCAGGUCCAAUGGCCAGAGUGAGCCGUCAAGCAGCACUCAGGGAGGCCCUCAGUCGUCAUUGUCACUGACACAAUCGACAUCUUCUCCGUUCGAAUUGGGGAAGAACAUGAUAUCUUUGUACAAUGAGAAUGCCGCCUACUUCAAUCGAAUUUCAAGCGCGAACCGAGAGAUUUGUGGGGCUCUCAUCCGACUGCUUUCGGUGCGAGAACAUCUCGAAGCUCAACCGCCUCGAUACAUGACGGCGUUAGAGGAACUUCACGACUUGGGCUUGCUGCCGUUGCGGGCGAAUGGAUCUAUUCCAACCAUCCGGGCGGCCGCAACAGCCUUUAGCGCCCUUCCACAAAUCCUUGCCCGUUGCGCUGGAGUCAGUGUUGUGUGGGCGGUGCGGGCAAUAGGGGGAGAACGAGGUAAUAUCAUACGGAAUGGCAGGUGGGAGGCAGGAUAUGGUGGCGAUGCGGAUGAAAUGAAAGAGCAACUCAGUAACAUGGCCAAGGAUCUGAUGGUUUUUGCGGGGCUAGUGAAAUACAAGUUGCCAGGUCGAGUGUAUGACAUGUUGACUCGGGCCGGGGCUGAUGUUGGAGGGUUUUGA